UUGGGGACGGUUUUUGGGGGAAACGGGCAAAUAGGGGGAAAAGAAAGAAAACAUCUCACAGAUCAGAGAGUUCAAUUUUUCCCUUUACUUUUUUGGUGAGAUUAGAGCGAAUUUGGCGAGAGUUUCACGUUGCUUCUAGUUACAAGUAGUGUAAGCAAACAAAGCAGAAGCAAGGCGUCUAGAUCUGAGACUACAGAGGACUCCGCCUCUCACAACCAUCAUAGUAAAGCUUUUAGCAGAAGAGCAGAGGAUUUCUCCUCCAAUGGCGGAAAAGAAGCCUAUCGACUCACAAUCUGCAACUGAAGGGAAACAUCCAAACAUUCACUCCCCAAAACAUACCACGGAAACGCAUGGAACAAGCAGUGACAUUGAUGAGAAGACCACCAUUGAUGAAGUAAAAGGGCCAGGGGUGUUUCAGCGGGCGAAGGAGGAGAUCGAGGCGCUCGUCGAAACAAUUCAUCCCAACAAGGUCAAGGAUGAUCACAAGUAAUUUUCCACAUAAUAGUAUGAAAGCUAGAAGGUUUGGCAAGUAUCUUGUUGUGUUAUGAUCUUUUGGGUUUAGGGUGAGAGAUUGAUCAGAUGUG